UUACGCGUCUCCGCCGCUGUCGGUCCCCUGCGUUCGGUUUCCAAGAUGGAGGCGCUGAGUAAAGCGGGACACGAGAUGAGCUUGGCGGCACUGAAACAACACGAUCCAUACAUCAGCCACAUUGUUGACGUUACCGGUCAGGUAGCACUGUACACUUUCAACGCCAAAGCAAACGAAUGGGAGAAGACAGAUAUCGAAGGUACCUUGUUUGUUUAUACCAGGUAUGCCUCUCCUUACCAUGGCUUCACCAUAAUGAAUCGACUGAACAUGAAAAAUCUGGUUGAACCAAUCAACAAAGAUCUGGAGUUUCAACUCCAGGACCCAUUUCUUUUGUACAGGAAUUCAAAUCUCUCCAUCUACAGUAUCUGGUUUUAUGACAAGAAUGACUGUCACCGAAUAGCUCAACUCAUGUCAAAGGUCGUACAACAAGAGGCAGAAAGAGCACAGCAGAGCUCUCCUGGCAGGAACAGUCCCAGCAAAAUUAAUGGUUGUGCUGAAGAUCGACCCGUUGACAUUCUGGAGAUGCUCAAUAAAGCCAAGGAUGAAUAUGAGAGGGCCAAGGACGACUGUGAAAGGAUUGGUGAUUUUGACCUUUCAUCAAGCUCAGAAUUGCACCGUAGUCGUGUCCUCAAUAAAUCCAUCUCUGGAGAAGCCAUUGAAAAUGUACCAUCUUCACAACUGCAAGAAAAGAAUUUUCACUCUGGCCAUAAGCAAAUCACUGUGGAAGAACUGUUUGGGAGCCCUUUACCAAAGGAACAAACUUUAACAGGUCAUCGCAAUCAUGGAGCAGCAGAAAAGAUAAAUCCAGAUACUUUACUUAAAAAACCAAAUCUAGUCUCGUCAUUCCCAUACGAAUAUCAUAUCCGUUGUAGCCCAGUAUUUCAGCCCAUUCACUCCACAGAGGUCAGCAACUCUCAAACCCUACCAGACCUCAGUAGUGAUAGUGGUGUCGUGAUCAAGGCUAUUCAGCGCUCUCAAGCCAAGCCAGUGUCUCCACUUCUAAGUCCUGCCUCACAAAGUGGAAUCCACUCUCAGCUGGGCACCACUAGCAUGGCUUUCCUCAAUCAGGAUUUUUUUCAUAAACUCAAGUUGAAUCCACAUCAUGAACAAAUGCCACAGCAGCCCCUGAGCAAGCCAGGCCUUGCACCAAGUUUUCUGCAGUCAACUAGUCAACUUGUAACUCCAGAAUGCUUUCAAGAUCCCAUCUCUAAGCCAGUUGCUCUGAGCAGUAUGCCAGUGGCCCCAAUACAGACUCUCCAGCAGAAUAAAGAAGUGGAAGUCUUUGUUCAUUCUAAACCUUUAGCAAAACCUCUGCCAGUCACAACAGCAGCUCCCUCCAUGGAGCUGGAAUCAGUUUUUGCUCUCCCCAAGUGUAUUUCAGCAAUCGGCUAGCAGACAAAUGAGUUUGAAAGCAAGUCUAACUCUGCUUCUCCGUUAACAUUGGGAGCUGGAGAACAACAGGUUCACUCACCAUCUGGUAUUCUAAGUCGUAGCCACCUUCAGGAAGCCUUGAUACACCUCCUAAAGAAUGAUUCCAACUUCCUGAACACUAUACAUGAAGCUUAUCUACAGGUUCGUUCCAAGGAUUCAGGAAAUAUGAAAUUAUAGUAUAAUAAGACAAAGAUGUAGGCCUUCUGUGGCAGCGCACAAGUUACUGCUUUAUAGUGCUCGAUUUCUGAACUCUGAGCAGAGCUUUGUGGUGAAAAACUGUAGCAGUUUACUGUCUAUUUAAAGAAAAGGCUGGCCUUAUCGCUGCCACAUAAUGUGCUACAACAAACCUAUAAGGUCUCCAUGACCUGUCACCAGCAACUUUACAUGAAGCAAACGGGCACUUGAGCUUGAGUUGCACAUAAGGAGAAUGCUGCCAAUUUUGUGUUUAAACAUUCUUUUCCUUGUAUUAUUUUUUUUUUAUUUGGAGAAAUUUUGUAAACCCAUCUUUUUGAAAUCUAAUUGGGAAAAACUGCACUUUUAUUAGUUACAGAAUGAUGCAUCAUUUCUAAAUAGUAUGCAGUAAGUUUUACUGCAGUGUGAAAGGUAUUAAUUAGACACCCUGAUUUUAAGGUGUUGCAUCAGUUGGCUUGAAGAAAAAAGAAAUUUCUCAAACGUUCCUGUCACAUUCAUACCGAAACCCCAAAACCAGUUUUCCAAGAGGCUGCCUUUAAGUUUUGUAAAUUUGUUACCCCAAUUUAAAUUUUAUCAGUAGCUGCUGACACAGCUUUGUUUUACACAGGAGUUUUGUUUUUGACCCCCCGAUUUCUAUUUCCAUCGCCAUUGCUAGGGAUGGAAUAGGUUGGCAUGAAGGCUUUUCUGUCUUCUUCUGAGGAAAAUGAGUUAGGAUUAGUAAGGCUUACUGAUACCUUUUUAGCAUUUGUUGUUCAAGGCAUCUUAUUAAACAAAGUACUGACCUCAGCCUGAGUUUUCAUUAGGCUUUCCCAUAAAUCUGGAAAUAAAUAAAAUGCUAUAUGCAGUUGAUAACUUACAAGGAUUUUGGUGCUGAAAAGUUUUUUUUUUUUUUUUUUUUGGUAGUGACAAAAAAGGUGAACCAUAUAUACUGCUGCUGUUUUUGUCCCUCCACUGCUGUAUUAAAUGAAAUUCUCCCCUUUUUGCUGCAUUUUUAACUAUUAAUUUAGGAAGCUCUUUCUUCCUCUGGGACAGUUCUCAUCAGAAGAUGCCUGAUGUUUUGGUUUACUUUUAUCUUGCUGCUGUCGUUAUUGCUGCCAACACUUGCUGCAUCUUAUUUUCAAACAAACAGAUCAAAAGCACAGGUUUUUUAUGUUAUGAAUUACUUGUUUGGGCAUUUGCAAGUCACCUUCAUCUUGUAUAGAAGCACUCAAUGUUGCCAUUUCUUCCAAUUUCUGACCACUAGGCCUUAGAAAACCUACAUUAUGAGACUCUUCUUAACUUGCUGUUGCUUUAAAACCUCUUAAGGGUGUGUGCAAUACAAUCCUGUGGUUUAGUUUUAUGUUCAUUUUAAAUGUACCACUUACUUAAAGAUGCAGUGUCUUUAAAUCUGGAGGUGUUUUGAUUUUAAAUAGUGUUACACUUUUUUUAAACAAAAUGUAUUGGAUUUUUAUUAUUAGACCAGUUUUCCCAGUUUUUUUCGAUAGCAUCUUUGGCUAAACUGUUUAGAUUGUCUCGUGGAUACAUUUCCUAAUGCUAAAGUUGGCUCAAAUUUCCCUUUAUCCUUUUAGCUUUAUGUGAUACGUAAAAAGGUACUGCAUCUUUAAUUUGGGAGUAUAUGUAAUGUUUCAGUUUACCUUUUGUUAUGGUAUGGUAUUAAAUACUAUGCUGAAAUUUUGAAAUGUCUAUGUUAAAUGAAAAACAGCAAAAAAAAAAAAUACUUUUUCAUUGCAGUUAAUUUUUGUACGAUACAUAUCUAUUUUUUAUAAUAAAAAUAAAACUGGUGCUUUUCAGUACCUCCUAAAAUAUGUGUUUUGAUUUUUCUCAAAGGUAAUUAUUACGAGAAAUGGUUUUAUUGUUUUUCUGUGCUGAAAUAAAAGUGAGUGUAAGCAGUGCCUGCCUGCUGACUUUCCUGUGCAGAUCUGCUUUCAGCUUCCGUGUCAAAUAUUUAAGCAAAAAUG